AUGAAUGCAAAAGAUCGAUCUAUCUGGUUACCACAAGUAAAUGGAGACUCGACCCGAUUGGGAUACCAUGCUGCAAGAAAAUAUGGAGAAAUCCCCAAACUCACAAGGCCAAGGACCCUUAAACUUCAACUAGAUACGCCAUGUUCGGUCAGGAAGCUUUUCACCAAAGCUGAAACUCUUCCUCUGGAAAUCCUACAAAAGGCAAUUCCAAUUGGGGAAAAUCUGGCAAGGAGAGGUCUAAUGGCAAACGCAAACUGCAUCAGAUGUGGUUUACCAGAAACAGAUUCUCACCUGUUCUUCCAAUGUGAUUAUGCAAAAGAGGUUUGGAGAAGUAUUCCCCUGAGAGAAGAGCUUGACCUGCACGGAACUUCCUCAUCUUCGAAAAUAGAGUUUCAAGGAAUGGGUGAUGGCCUUGGAUCUCAUCAACAAGAAAAGAAGGACUUAGUUGGAUCUUCCACGAUUAAGCCAGCGAAUAUCUCUUUUAGGGAUCCCAAUAGAAAAGUUGCAUCCGAUCAGCGCUUACAGCCGAGGCCCUUGCAGUAA